UCUACCGGCAACCUGCGCACCAGGUGUGUCGUUCUCGCGGCCCUUAUGUAACCAUUCGUUCCGACUCGUACACCCUCUAUGGUAGACUUAUCGUUUCGGCCGCCGGCAGCCUCGACUUUAGUAAUUCUCCCAUAAGUUCGCGUUAUUCCGUGCACCGCGACCGUUCAAACCGCUGCAUGGGUUCUUUCGUAGACGGAUAAGAGAGGGAGAGAGAUAGAUAUAGAGGGAGACAGAGAGUGCCGUGGGAAGGAAGGGAACCGCCACCGGUAGUCGUAGUUUUAGGAAAAACGGGUGAUGAAGCAGAAGCAAGACCGGUGGACCCGCGAGUGAGAACGAGAGGGAAGUAGCGGCUGUGGGAAAAGGGAUCGACGCUCCUCGCAAGGCAUUAACGGUAGACGCCUAGCAGCGUCGGAGGUAAAAAAGGAGGCACGGAGGGAAGGUAGAAUCGCCGCUUCGCAGUCAGAGAGAGAGAGGGGGAGAGCUUAUUAGUGUGACCCUGCUUGGAGGCGCCUGUCGUCUUCGCCGAUUACAAUCAUAACGCCGCCCGCUCUAAAACGCCCGAGACGGGAAACGGUGGAGUCUUCACCGCCACCCGCUAAGCCCGGACCGUCCACCGAGCUGGCCCACAUCAUGGACGCGCCGCUGUCCCAGAGCAUGGAUUCCGUCAACACGGUCGCCACCGUCGAGGACGAGGUGCGGACCUUGUUUGUCAGCGGUUUGCCGAUGGACACAAAGCCCAGAGAACUUUACCUUCUCUUUAGAGCAUACGAGGGAUACGAGGGCUCCCUCUUAAAGGUCACAAGUAAAAAUGGGAAAACUUCAUCGCCGGUGGGAUUCGUGACUUUCCAUACGAGAGCGGGGGCGGAAGCUGCAAAGCAGGACCUGCAGCAGGGUGUGAGAUUCGAUCCUGAUAUGCCACAAACCAUACGUUUGGAAUUUGCAAAAAGUAACACAAAAGUUAGCAAACCCAAGCCACCAGCCGCUACAGCAGCCACCACGCACCCCGCUCUGAUGCACCCUCUAACUGGACAUCUAGGAACCCCAUUCUUCCACGGAGGUCCUGAAUUAUGGCACCAUCCUCUGACGUACUCGACUGCUGGUGAACUACCGGGCACACUCCAGCAUGCGACUCUGGUUCAUCCCGCCUUGCAUCCUCAGGUCCCCGCACCCAUGUCUCUGCCGCAUCCGACAACGUUAACGUCGAUACACGCAUCGCUGCCGCAUUUUUUACCAUCUCCGGCUUUGGCAUCACCAGUCGGAUCCUCUUCAUCUCAGCCGAGCAUUGCCGUUAGCAAUGCACCCUGCUCCACGCUUUUCGUGGCGAACCUAGGACAAUUUGUAUCCGAACACGAGCUUAAGGAAAUAUUCAGCAGUUUUCCUGGUUUCUGUCGCCUUCGAAUGCACACGAACGGAGGAUUGCCUGUGGCCUUUGUCGAGUACCAAGACGUUCGCUAUGCGGCCCAAGCGAUGGCUACUCUUCAAGGAUCCUUUCUCCUCUCUUCUGACCGAGGGGCAAUACGAAUUGAAUACGCAAAAUCAAAAAUGGCAGAAGUGGGAUUUACGAAUCUGUGGAUCGAAGGGUCAAAGGGAGACGAAAACAGGCAGUCUUAAAAUUAGCGUCAAUGGGUUAUAAUCAGCAGUUACAACUUGUUAAUUUAACAACCUACAGUCUACUUACCGCACGGCUGCGUUCUGGGUUUGGCAGCAUUCGGGAACGAACCACGGAAACACAGAGGGAAAUAGGGAUCGGAAUUAGAAAGGAAGAAGAAAGCAGAAGGUCGACGGAUGUUCCCGAAAGACGCGGCAGAAGUUGACAAGAAGUUGCGCGCAUUUGGGAGCAUCGGCGCGAUCCUUCAGUACGGGGGCCCAAAAUGUUCUAGGUAUAUUUUUCAAGAGGAGUAUUCGCAAGGGUAUUAUCAACUGCGCGUGCAUUAAGUUAAUUUAGUCAAUCGGUGAUAUAGACUCCGGCGAAGAGCGAGGCAGGCCAGCGACCAAUGUGCGUCCGCGAGAGCCACGAAAGCGGUGGCGUCGAUGAAGGUUUCUCUUUGUUUUGAAUGUACAAAGGCACUGUUAAAAUUUCAACACUUACUAUGAAUCUACCUAUUAAGGAGGAUAGGUGAACCGUACCCCGUGGGCUAGGAGUACGCGACAUAUUACCAAAGUUGAUAUUUAACAGCCCGUGCAUGACGUGCGAGCGCGCUUUUGGAUGUAUGGUGACCCGUGAUGAUAGGCAGGUACCAUACCGUACCAUACGCGUGUAGUAUAUUGUACUAUAUUAUAUUGUGUUAAAACCGCGCUAAAUAUGCGUCUACAUAAUUAACCGUGACCAAAGCCAUCGACUUAUGAUACACACAUCGACAUAACACAAGUGCAUAACAAUGCCGUCAAUCAUCGGAUUUAUACACGGAGGUCAUACACGAACGUCAAGCUUAAUACCAAAGGUGCCCUAAGAAUUGUGUAUUUAUGUUUAUCAUCAGCAUUGUAAAAGCAAGCAACUUGUUCAGAAGAAUUUAAUAUCCUUCGGAAAGGAGAAGAGAGAGAGAGUUAUAUAAUAUAACGAAUGCGAACAUAUCAUAGGGUUAAGAAGGUAGCGAAAAUUUUUAAGGACGCAGACGACCUGCGUCCGGUAAGAACAAAUGUACCCGCGCGCUAGAACUACGGCCAACUCGGCACGUAUUUUGUCUAAGUGCCUUCCUGUUGGUCGAGUUAUGCUAACUGUACUGUAAGUCACGAUCUAGUAUCAACUCAAUUGUAACUCGGCCCAAGUAUAUACUCGACGUAACCAAUCUCAGGCCGAGGCAACCCAUUUUUAAGUAGUCUCUAGCCGAGCAAACUGCGGCCUCUGUUCCUUGGUUUCUAGCGGUACGCGUGCAUGUCGCGACGUCACGACUCGCGCCGAGAACCACGAAGGGAGAAAUUAUCUAUUUCCAAGUAUUUCUAGCCAAAUUGAAGCUAUUUAUUCGCGCGGUGUGGAGGGGAGGAACCGUUAUCUGACUAAUGAGUUUAACAAACGUAGAGGUAGGUGACAGGGGUUGCGGUUAAUUAGGGAAUGAUAACCGAUUCUGAGGAAUCUGAUCGUUUCGAGGGACUGGAGAAGGAACCUUGCGAAACUGGAGAAAAACCUCGACGGGACUUUGCGAGCGUGUAGAGUGGUCCAACUCUCAAAUCUGAGAUUCCUUCGCAGAAGGGAAGAAUAGUAUUGUAGUAUCUCGUUAACUCGAUUAUGUUUGAUUCUGCGGCGAUAUCCUGCCUAGUAGAAAAAUUUGUUAUCGGUAAAUGAAUCUGAGUAGGGGACAAAGACAUAAUGGAAGAUCGGUGGAAUUUGAUCGUAGAUUCAAUGUUGGUCCUAAAUUCCAAUCGCCAGCUGGAACAAACUCAAGCCAACGUUAGAAGCAGCGUAUCCUUGCCAUUUUAGGGUAGUAUUUAGCAGAAUAGAAAAUUCAAUUAAACCUUCUCUGACUCGAGCGAAAUAUUUGUUCAAACUCUUGGUAUCUAGCAGGGUAAGUCGAAGAUAAAAGGCAAUUUACAGAUGUCAAUUUCACAUAAGGAAUGUCUCGAUUUUUCAUUUACACUUGUACCGAAUAUAUAGCAGUAAUAAGUAAUUGGGAUACCUUCUUUUGAGGAAAUUACCAAUUAAGUUGAAACCACUUUGCCUUGGACCACUCUGCAUUCUUGCAAGUUUUACACGUCUGAACUUUAUAUAUCACGAUGUUAUCUCGUAUCUACCGACAGCUUCGAACCGUACAGCAGGACGUUUCAUCAAUGUUACAGAAUUUUGUAGUAGGACUGUUAAGUAAUGUGGAUUCAAGGAUGUUGCUGCCUUGGUCUCGGAAAUCGUUUCCCACAACGGGAGCGUGGAAACAUUCCGAUACGCGUUGAUAUAUGGUAAUUCAUAUACCGACCGAAAUACAUAUCAUGUAGAUUAUGGUGAUAUGCAGUAACUCAUAUCAAUCGAAAUACAUAUCAUGUAAAUUGUGUUAUACCGUGUUAAAGUAGUGAAAUAGAAAUUAAUAUCGCCGACAAGAAACUAAAAAAAAAAUCGGAUUAAUGCAUAUAUGACUUCUACCUAUGUAUUUACCUAUCCGAAUGGUUCAAUACGGAACUAUGCAAGGGAAGAAAGUCGUAUUUUGCCUGAAAAGUUCGUGUCGACAACUUCAGAAAAUCAUAACUGAAAGUUGGCUCGAGCUCCUCGAGCAAAUUAAUACAUCCAAUGAAGCAAACGCUUCGUCAAUGAAAAGUCAAUUUAAGUAGAUUUUAACGGAAAAGAAACAGAAUUUAGACGCUAACUAUACUCAACAGUUAGUGGAAGAAUACAUUAAAGAUGAGUUUUAAGGUAUUUCAACUGUCAAGUGCUUUUGCCAGGUUUAACACAUCUCUAGAAAAAUUAGGCUAAUUGUUAAUUAAAAUACUUUUCAUGGUAUUGUGACAUUUUUCUAUGCCACAAUAUCGCGUCCAAGUUGUAACAUUUGAGGUGUGACACCAUAAGUAGAUAAUUGGAAAGAAUUAAGCAUUACUAUUUAUUGAAUUUUAAAAAUCAAUCCCAACAAAUGCUGGAUAUUUUGGUUAUCAGUUUCAUUCGAUUAUGGUGAAACGGGCAUUUUUGUUAUUUUGUUCCUAAUAUCUGUGGAAUCGUCCCGCAAGGUUACUGUACGUAGAAUAGACAUGAUUGUAACAUUGAGGAAACGUACUCUAUUGAAGUGACACAACAAGAGUCUAUCAAAUGCGUUUCGGAUAAUUGAAUAAGGAAAGUACUAAACCAACGCUUAUCUAACGACGGAAAAGGUGUUAAUAUUAACGGUGACCAUCUUAUUGUUAGUACACCGGCGAAAUGCUGUACCGACCGUUUACACGUACACUACUGCAAACUGAUGUAAUUGCUGUUAUUUUUCUACAUUGUAAGCCAGGUUACAUAAGAACCAAUGCUACUGCAUAAUUAUUUACAUUUACGCUGGAUUCCGUCCUCGAUUGAACGUCGGAAUCAAUAAAUGCCGAUUCUAAUAUUUGCCAAAUCAGCAGCAGUAAACUGUCAAAAGCUAGACGCAUACGCCGGUACCGUUCUUAACGUCGAAAGGUGGAGGUGUGAUACAUAUCAUUCAACAUUAAGCUAAAUGAAAUGUUAUAGGCCACGUUGUAUAUACGACAACUUCGGCAAAUAUGAAUGAGUUAUGAAAUUUUGUCGAAUUUACGAUUGGACAAGGUUUAUCGUCCCCCAUUCAAAGCCGACGUUUGCCUAUUGAAUGUAGGCAUUAAUUACUUAAGGGGAAAUUAGAUAAUAGAUCUUACUUCUUCUAUGCAUAUAUUGUUUGAAAAAUUAUUGAUUACUAUUAGUCUAACGCAAGUUAAGAAGGGAACAAUCUUACGAAAGCAUAUCAAGUUGCAAAUAAUAGGAGGGAGGAUCAGUACAUAGUGAUUUUCUCUUCAGGGUAGAUACUUACGCUGAAUAGUACUAAAUCUAUUAAUUAUCAUCUGAUCUCGAACGGAAUAUUUAACGCAAUCUCAUGUUAUAAAAAGUACAGACAUCAAAUAACCAUUUUUACAAUCUACAUUUACAAUACAUAUUGACAAUUACUUAGUCGAUCAUGCAAAUUUCCGAAAAAAUGUUUAUUUACCUCUUGACGUGGAUUUAAGUUUAUGUAAAACUUUGAACAUUCCAUUGAUAAAUCAUUCCAGAAGAUGAGAUGCAAAACAAAGCAAUUUUGAUAUCUGUUAAGCGAAAGUCAAAUUUUCACAUGUGCAAGAGAUGCAUUUUGUUAUGAUAUAUCGGAAGAGUACUUGCAAGCUAGGCAGUAAAAUGCCUUCGUAAAUAUAUUUUUUAUUUUUUAUAAACAUUUGCUGAAAACACGUCACUUUCACUUUAAGUACUUUCGUAGCAUUCCAUUUAUACAGCACUUUGUAAAAAGUGCAAUUAAUAUUUUGCAAAAUAUAAAGUUUUUAUUUUAAUGUCAUUCGCUCGUAAACAUUACAUGGAGCACAAAAAAGUAACAGUGUUCAUUAAUAAAAAAAAAAGUAAGGCAAGUUUGGACGAACCAUUUAUAAAAAAAAGGUUCAGCAUAUCGAUUUUUUCAAAAGUAAAGUUAUCACAUUUAGGGAUCCUUCUUUAAAAAUGGAUAUUACUAAAUUUUCUGGUUCCUCAUUUAUUUUUAUUAAAUAAUUCAAAAGCAAUUAAAUUCACAAAAUGUUAGACAAGAGACAGUUCAAAACCAUAGACUUGUAGAGUAGAUGCAUCUUCUGAUAAAAACCCAAUUAAUUCGGACUAAAUUUUCAUGAACAGAAUCCAAUAAACAUACACAUUACCGAGUAUGUUUUCCAAAUAUCCGUAUAAUUUCCCAACAAAUAGAUCAAUAAAACUCACAAUGCUGUUUUUUUUAGUGUAGUUAUAGAGUAAUAUACAUUACGCAUUGUUUUCAUUUCUUUAUCUAUUUAUUUAUGGACUUAUUUAUUUAUUUAUUUCCUAUUUAUCUAGUGUUAUUUUUAUUUAUUUAUUUAUUUGAAUAGCAGAGUAAGAGGGAACCAUUGUUUCAUUGCGCGAUUCGACGUCUAUAUUCAUUUAAUUGAAUUUUCUCCAAACUCACGAAUUGAUAUCAUUGUCGAUUUUGAGCUUUGGGUGGAAUAAAAUUAUUCAAAAUUUCGAUAAACAACUAUAGCUAUCCAUCAGUUUUCCCGUUUUGCGAUUACCUUUCGUGCCUUACGUUUCACCUAUCAUCAUCCGAAAGUUAUUAGGCGAAACUAACACAUAACACACAAAUGGCGUUUUCGUUUCGCAUUGCGUAGGAGCAUAUGUACGCGUACUUGUAGAAUAUCUCUCGUUAUCAUAAUGCGUGAAAAGGAACACAAUUUAAGAUAUCAAGUCACCAUAUCGAAACCUUUCGGACACAUCUGUAAAUCUCAGAAAUAGGAAAUAAAAUACCCAAAACUUCCGAUAAACAGCAUCAGCUGAUCGCCAUCCAUUCCAUCGUUGGAAGCAUUAUUCUACAUGCAUUCCAAUGUUUUUUAUCGGAACUUAUAAUCAGGAGGAGACACAGAAACUCAGUCACCCUGUACCGAAAGAUGCAAUUCAAGAGAUUCCCAUAUUAAACUUGAAAACAACCGCGAUCUGUAAUCACUGACGUAGAAAAAUGCAAUUAAAUAACUCGGCCUGCGAUUGGUUAGGGCCGAACGUGCCUAUGUUUAUAAUACGCCUGCGAUGAAUACAUUACCCCGUUAACGCAAACUAUCCUUUCCACAUUUUCCACGAUAGGAAAAAAAAACUAUACAUAAACCCAUCUUUCCGUCUGAACGGUGCAUCUCGAUGAACAGAAUAUUUCCUCGACCGUUCUUCGCAAAGUCAUCUCGAAGAACUGAACGAGAUGCACCGUUGAGACGAGGCGUCGUUUUCUUUGAGAGGACCGAAAAUAUUGUACCAAUUUGUCCUAAUGGGCUGUCGCGAGCGAGUGGACAACACGGGAAGAUAGAAAUGGAGAGAAAUGCCUUGACUGUUUGUCUUUUCCCAACGGGUAAGCACAGUUUGUCGCUCGAUUUUUUCGACUCGAAGGUCGGCGUAUGCGUCGAAUCAGUCAGUCUAUGCUCCUAUUAUAAUCCGGCAGCCUUUGUUGUUUCCCUGAUUUGCCAGUUUCGAAAGUAAAGCGCAGUGUCAUUGGCUCUUCGACGGUGUUGUUCGGAGUACGGCUAACUAUUACUAUGUUCGUAGCGGAUGUCCGCAUUGCGAAGACACGCAUUAUUCAUCGAGCGAUCGUUAUACGUUGGACAUAUAGAAAACUCUACUCGUACCAAGCUUACGUAUUCCUCGUGUGAGAGUACAUGUAGCCGAGGUGUCGUUUUGCGCCGUAAAGCGUUACUGGGAUAUAGUGUGCGCCCUUGUUCUUGCAAAGCCUCCCUUUCUUGCCGCCGCCAUAUUGGAAUCGCUGUAAUGGCUUCAAACGGAAAGAGAAAUGAGUAACAUCGCGAAUUCAGGUUCCAAAAAGGGGCUCCGAACGAUAAUGAGUAAAAUUACAUCCCCUGUAAUUUUUUGAUGAAUUACGCGAGACCCAUAUCUCCUAAAAGCCCCGAAAUUAUAUAAUCUUUAUGUGCGUGAACGGUAGGGAUAUUCUGUUGCAUUUUUACGCUCUGUUUAUUGGAAAUGAAACAAUGUACCCUUCUGGUGGCGUAUUUUGCGAAUUCUGGGUAUUGAAAUCCGAGUUUACUUUGAAUUCAUAGCCAUUAUAAUGUCUCUGGUAUAGCGGAGGUGACCCAAGAGUGCGAUGCGAGCAAGGCCAGUGUUUCUAAUUUUAAGGUUGUGAUUGUGAUGGAUUUGCGAAAGUAUAGUUAACCACUUGAUUGGUAUACUUUUAAAAUGCUUCGAGUGAAGUCCAGUUACAUUAGGCGAGGGUAAUUGUCAUUAAUUGAUUUCCUUUUCAACGUGACUCCCCGACUGGAAAGCAUUUCUAAAUAGAAUCCUUCCCCAGCAGUCAAGUGGUUACAAGUCGGGGUACAUUCAUUUACAUGUAUUUAUAUUCCGUUAACUUAAUCAUCCGAGAGCUAACGGAUUGUAUUAAUUGCCGUCGGUAUUAAUUUCUAAUUUUUAUUUCGAAAGUCUGCGUAUAUACUCAAGACUAAUUAUUUUACUGGUAAUUCGAGUACGAUGGUGAACGGUGUGUGUCUGUUUAUCUAUUAUCACAUAUCUACAAGUGGUAUCCGUUUACGAUGUCAGGCGAAAAACUAAUAUACAAUAUAUAUAUGUGUAUAUACGUUCAUAUAUACAUAUAUAGUAUCACGUGUAUGUAAAUAUCGCAUAAUUUUUCAAAACUCGAGAAGCCUUUCUUCGUGGGUUUGACUAAUUCAUGAAAAGUACUUCAACAUACAAUUAUGCAGAGAGUGCAUGCAUUGAAUAAGAUGAACGCAAAAUCCUUCUCCGGUUAAUUCAAGAAAAGAAUAAUACAUGUUGACUUAAAAGUUUGGUUAAAAUUUCUAUACAACUUUGUCUAAAGUAUUAAUCUAUCGACGGAGUCUCCAAACUUCACGUUUGGGGUAAUUAUCACCUUUUGGAAUCAACGCCGAAACAUUUGUUACUUCUUGUUCCAUGUAAAGAUUAAAGAAACAUUUUUACUUUUAAAUGAUUUCACGUGAAAUUGUCACGUAUGAAAUUCUGGCUGAGUACUUGUAACAAUUUCGCGUGCAAAUGUAUGCCAAUAAUCUUCGAAUGGCGCUCUUACAAAAAGGGCGACAAUUUUAACAAAACCUGAAACACAAAGGAUUGACAUAAAAAUGCUGCUCUUAUAUCAAAGAGAUGAUUUCGAGUGAAACUUAUUUAAAAAAUGAAUGACAAUGAAACAUGUCUCCAAUUUUAUAGAACAAACAAAUGAUUCACAGUUCACCGCAAGGCGAUUCAAAGGUGCUUAGCCAAGAUUCAUUAGCAAUUAUCCUUCUGCCAGAACGGAGACGUGAAAUUUUAAUACGAAAUAAUCUAUCUGCGUAUGUACUCCCGGAAAUAAUGAUUUAUAUUUCCAGGUCUUUUUGGAACCGACACUUUUAACGUUAAACGAUACGAAAGAGGAGAGUUCGAUGCCUCUUCGGACGGUUGGAGCUUACUUUCGACGUCUUCAAUGGUAAACUCGACUCGGUAAAUUUUGAAAAAUUAUGCUUCGUACUUAUUAUUCAACAUCGUACUUUAAAUUAUCAGAUCGCAAUUCUAGAGGUCUGUGGGACCUGGCGAGUGAUUAAAGGUAAAGGGGUAAAUCACACGCUGGGUGUAGACACGUCUAGCAAGAUAAACCCGGUUCAGGGUACAAUGAAUUGCUCUGAGAAUUAGAGAUCGUUGUUGUUUGUCUAUGGGGUAUGCCGCCGUUGUAACAAUCGUUGAGACAGAGGAUUAUUUUCCUUUUUGUGCAACUACCUACGUACCUAGUGAGUUUCGUCAGCGCGAUAUCGGAUCGACUUAAAAAAUCGUCACAUCGUGUAUUGUCUUUCGUCCGUCAGUUGUCUCGAGUAAAGCGUUUUAUCACGUACUCGCACAUGUACAUAUACAUAUCGGAAAAGCUCUCAAUUAACUUUUGUAAAUGAUACAUUCUAAUCGAUUGCAACUGUUGAGGAACUCCAGACUCGCGGGAUGCUCUUAGCACCUUUGUCUUAAACCUUUAUCAGCGGCUCGAGUUGAUAGGUCAUUACGAUUCGAAGAUGGAAGACGAAAGAGAGAGAGAGAGAGAGAGAGAGAGAGAGAGAGAGAGAGAGAGAGAGAGAGAGAAAGGAGAGCAAUUACAGCAAUGAAACUCGAUCGGACUUUCAUUGUACACUUACUUAAUGGUAUACUUCGUAUUCACUUGAUUAGUUUACAUUAGUGAGUAAAUACGUAGGCGAAGUAGCAUAGCUUUAUGUGUGAGGUUAAUGUGAUACUUAAAAUUAACUUGACAGUAGUGGUCGGGUGAAGUUUAAUUUUAGCGAGAUAUAUAAUUCAGUAAAGGCGAGGUUUGAAUAACUUCUCCGUCGUCCACGGCUUAAGAGACCGUGAAUCGGCAGAAACGGGGUACAGACAAUCUGAGACCUCGUCAGAUACUGCCGGAUACGGCCGACAUUUUGAAAGUCGAGUGCCUUUAAAUGGGUAAUUUAUGAAAGUCUCUUCACCGGGAUCGGCGACGGUCGGUACAAUAUAAAAGGCGGACACGAGGCGGCCGCUCGAUUUUCGAAACGUCACUGUCGCAUCUGGAUCAAUCCGUCCAUAACGUGUCUCGCGAGGCACUGCACAAACGUGCGUAUUAAUCAUUGGGACUACAAAAACAUAUCAUCAUAUGUCACUAAGAUAAAGUAUUUAAGCAAUAAGAUUUUAUUUAUAUGCGUCUAAGUCAAAUAAGGAACUAGCAAAUAGCGUAAAACAUACAUAUCAUGCGUGUGUUUGAUCAAGGAAUAGCUUAUACGUACUCUUUACUUCGUCGUUGUCAGACGUUAAUGUUAAACUUAUUUACAAUUAAUUAUUAGAUUGCAAUUAAAUUUCUCCAGGUUCUAAGGAAAAUUUGGAAAUAAUAAAAUGAUCGAAGUACGUAGCUCAAUAA